GUCACCUCUCUCGGGACCACCAAGCGCACCCGCGAGACAUGUGUCCGUGUUGAGUGUGUCCCAUUGCGCACGGUGACCAGUUUUUUGGUUCAGAAAGGCCAAAAAAUAUAAGAUCGCGACCACGAAAGAUGCGAAUCUUGUGGAUUGCCACAAUAGUGGCAGUGCUCUCCACAUACCAUGCGCAAGCAUCGAGUGAGAAGAGCAAAAGGGCGAUAGCAAGCAAUGGAGGCUAUAUCUAUGAGCCACCAAAUGAAAUAUUCACGCUACCCCCGAGACCAACGUCAAGACCACCGACAGCAGUGACUCAUGGAUAUCCAACAUCGCAUGCAUCAUCAAGCACACUGCGUCCUGUAACAACGGCACCAUAUACCUAUCCAACACCACAAAAAUUCACAACGUCACGCACACCAUCUUAUCCUUAUCCAACUCCAUCACAACCAACAAAAAGUCCACCAUCAAAGACUACAGGAUAUUAUUACGAAACACCUAGUAGGCCAUAUACGCCACCUCAGACAACAUCAUAUGUUCCACCAAGGACUGAUCGUCCUGCAACAACACCAGAACUUUCACCUCGGCCGACUUCACCACCGCAAAGGCCAACGAUAAGAACAUCUCCAGGGUAUAAUUAUCCAACACCUGAAAAUCCAUUUACGCUGCCGCCUCAACGACCGCCUCCACGCCCUCAACCACCCAGAACCCCAGCACCACCUCCACCUUUCCCACCACAACCACCAAGACCUCCAACGCCACCACCAUAUGUACCACCAUCUCCUCCGCAACCACCGCGACCACCGACGCCACCACCGUAUGUGCCACCAUCUCCACCACAAACACCAAGAACACCACCAACUGGUUACACUUAUAAAACACCAUCACACCCAUUUACAUAUUCACCUCCUACACCAUCACGGCCUUCAACACAACCACCAAGGACACCACCGCCUGGACCACCAUCAACUGGUUACACUUAUCAAACACCAUUUACACAUCCACCGCCAAGACCUUCAACACAACCACCAAGAACACCACCACCUAGACCACAGACACCUUAUUUGCCUCCAACACCACAACCUCCAAAAACACCAGCACCACCACCACCUUUUCCUCCACAACCACCACAAACGCCAAGACCUCCAUUACCUCCGCAGCCUCCUCAACCUCCAAGGCCACCUUCUCCACCACGACCACCCGUGACACCACCACCUAAACCACCAACACCAUAUUUACCUCCUUCGCCGCCACAACCACCAAAGACCCCACCACCUUUCCCAACGCAACCACCACAAACACCAAGACCACCUUCACCCCCACGGCCGCCUCAAACUCCAAGACCACCUACAUCUGCACCGGGCUAUCUGCCUCCCGUACCACCUACGCCUCCACCAAGACCACCGCUUCCGCCACAGCCACCAAGGCCUCCAACUCCACCACCAUAUGUACCGCCAUCUCCUCCACAACCACCAAGGCCUCCAACUCCACCACCUAGGCCCCCAACUCCACCACCUAGGCCCCCAACCCCACAACCAUAUUUACCCCCAUCUCCUCCACAGCCACCAAGACCUCCAACUCCACCACCAUAUGUACCUCCAUCUCCUCCACAACCACCAAGACCACCAACUCCACCACCAUAUGUACCUCCAACUCCGCCACCUAGGCCUCCAACCCCACAACCAUAUUUACCCCCAUCUCCUCCACAGCCGCCAAAACCUCCAACUCCACCACCAUAUGUACCUCCAUCUCCACCACAGCCACCAAGACCUCCGACUCCACCACCAUAUGUACCUCCAUCCCCUCCACAGCCACCAAGACCACCAACCCCACCACCAUAUGUACCUCCAACUCCGCCACCUAGGCCUCCAACCCCACAACCAUAUUUACCCCCAUCUCCUCCACAGCCGCCAAAACCUCCAACUCCACCACCAUAUGUACCUCCAUCUCCACCACAGCCACCAAGACCUCCGACUCCACCACCAUAUGUACCUCCAUCCCCUCCACAACCGCCAAGACCACCAACUCCACCACCAUAUGUACCUCCAACUCCACCACCCAAGCCUCCAACCCCACAACCAUAUUUACCCCCAUCUCCUCCACAGCCGCCAAAACCUCCAACUCCACCACCAUAUGUACCUCCAUCUCCUCCACAACCACCAAGACCACCAACUCCACCACCAUAUGUACCUCCAACUCCGCCACCUAGGCCUCCAACCCCACAACCAUAUUUACCCCCAUCUCCUCCACAGCCGCCAAAACCUCCAACUCCACCACCAUAUGUACCUCCAUCUCCACCACAGCCACCAAGACCUCCGACUCCACCACCAUAUGUACCUCCAUCCCCUCCACAGCCACCAAGACCACCAACCCCACCACCAUAUGUACCUCCAACUCCGCCACCUAGGCCUCCAACCCCACAACCAUAUUUACCCCCAUCUCCUCCACAGCCGCCAAAACCUCCAACUCCACCACCAUAUAUACCCCCAUCUCCACCACAACCACCAAGGCCUCCAACUCCCCCACAACCGCCAAGACCUCCAACUCCUCCACAACCACCAAAGCCUCCAACUCCACCGCCUUACCCUAAACCAUCAACGCAUGGAGGCUCGUACUUACCUCCAGACGAUCAGACUACUCCAAGAUAUACCACUGUCCACACAACACCAAGUCCAUUCCCACCAACACAUAGAACUCCAUUUACUACCUUGUCCACAUCUAGUAUACCUUAUCAUCCAACAGUACCGAGUACGCGACCUCCGCCAUACCUCCCACCCUCUUCUCCCACUACGCCACGUGUUACGGUAACUCCACCACCUCCACCAACUCCAAUUUACACUCUCGUACCAACAUCGACUAUCUACACUGCCCCACCAACUGGUAGGCCAGCUCCACCACCAACUUUACCACCAACCACGAAGAGGCCUAUUGGUUAUUUCUACGAUGUACCAGAGAAUCCACUGGAAUUACCACCCUUCUUUCGAUGAAGACGGGCAAUAUUUUUGCCCUCUUUUUUGUAAUUUUUAAAUGUAUAGUAUACAAAGCUAUUUAUGGAUCACCAUAGGAAAUGAUAAGCAAUCUGUAAUCGAAAAGUGGGUGAAAACGAUAUGACAGGUUUGCUGUAUAUAUUAUAUCCAGUAGCUUGUACUAUAUACGUUUAACUAGAAUGGUAAUUAUUGUAAGUGUAACGAAUGCUUCGAACAAAGUCGUAAAGUAGUUUACAAUGAAAUGAUUGGAAUAAUAAUAAUUGAUUUAAAAAGCUGAUGAUGCUGUGUUACAUUUGUGUAAGAAAAAUACAGUGAAUAUAAGAUAAAAUGGAUGCACAUAACUUUGUACAUCUGACACACGCAUAUUACAAAAGAAAUAAAAAAUUUAUAUAAAAAAUA